CACAGCCUCUUGUCUGUGGAAGGCUGGUGAUUGCCGAGUGUCGCUGAUACUGGAACUAGCUCCCGGUUGAGUUGGGAGCGCACCCUCUUCUGUCAGGCUCGAGGAGCACUUGAGAAUAAGCCUGGGGACAGAGGCUGAAGAAUCGUGACGAAUUAGCCGCGGUGUUCCGCGUUUUGGAUUACUCUUGUUUUAUGUUUCAGAUGCAUGGAUUUUGUGCUUGGGUUGGUGCCGUGAACCAAGAUAAAUGUUGGAAAGAAUUAAAGAAUGCAGUGACCUAUGAUGAUGUGCAUGUUGACUUCACUUGGGAAGAGUGGAAGUUGCUGGAUUCUUCACAAAGGAAUCUCUACAAAGAUGUGAUGCUGGAGACCUACAGGAACCUCAUUACUAUAGGAUACAGUUGGGAAGACCAUAAUAUUGAAGAACGUUGUCAAAGUUCCAGAAUUCCUGGAAGCCACAAAAGAAGUCAUACUGGAGAGAAACCCUAUGAAUGUAAUCAAUGUGGUAAAGGCUUUGCACAUCACCGUAAUCUUCAAAUGCAUAGAAGAACACAUACAGGAGAGAAACCCUAUGAGUGUAAUCAAUGUAGCAAAGCCUUUGCACACCAUAGUCAUCUACAAUGCCAUGAAAGAACACAUACCGGAGAGAAACCCUAUGAAUGUAAUCAAUGUGGUAAAGCCUUUACACAACACAGUCAUCUUCAAAGACAUAAAAGAACACAUACUGGAGAGAAACCUUAUGAAUGUAAUCAGUGUGGUAAAGCCUUUGCAGUACAUGGUAAUCUUCAAACACAUAAAAGAACACAUACUGGAGAAAAGCCCUAUGAAUGUAAUCAAUGUGGUAAAGCCUUUACACAAUGCAGUUCUCUUCAAAUGCAUAAAAGAACACAUACUGGAGAGAAACCUUAUGAAUGUAAUCAGUGUGGUAAAGCCUUUGCACAAUGCAGUUAUCUUCAAAUACAUAAAAGAAUACAUACUGGAGAGAAACCUUAUGAAUGUGAUCUGUGUAGUAAAGCCUUUGCACAUCAUGCCAGUCUUCAGAUGCAUCUUAAAGUGACACAUACUGUAGAGAAACAAUAUGAAUGUCAUCCAUGUGGUAAAGCCUUUGCACAAUAUGGUAGUCUUCAAAUACAGAAAAGAACUCAUAGGGGAGACAAAACCUAUGAAUGUGAUCAAUGUGGUAAAACCUUUGCACAUUACAGUUCUCUUCAAAUACAUAAAAGAACACAUACUGGAGAGAAACCUUAUGAAUGUAAUCAGUGUGGUAAAGCCUUUACACAACAUGGUCAUCUUCAAGGGCAUAAAAUAUCACAUACUGGAGAGAAACCGUAUGAGUGCAAUCAAUGUGGUAAAGCCUUUGCACAUUACAGAAAUUUUCAAAUACACAAAAGAACACAUACUGGAGAGAAACCCUAUCAAUGCAAUCAGUGUGGUAAAACCUUUACACGAUGCAGUGGUCUUCAAAUACAUAAAAGAACACAUACUGGAGAAAAACCUUAUGAAUGUAAUCAAUGUGGUAAAGCCUUUACAUGUCAUUCCAGUCUUCAAGUGCAUUUUAAAGGAAUACAUACUGGAGAGAAACCUUAUGAAUGUAAUCUAUGUGGAAAAGCCUUUGCCUAUCACAGUUAUUUUAAAAUUCAUAAAAGAACACAUACUGGAGAGAAACCCUUUGUAUGCAAUCAAUGUGGUAAAGCCUUUGCACAACAGAGUCAUCUCCAGCGCCAUGAAAGAACACAUACUGGGGGUGUGAGUCUAGGACCUCCUAGGAACUAGGCCUGAGCCAGGACCUCUGCCAGUCUGCAUGUGAGUGAACCUGGAUCCUCCAAGGGAAUAGGCAGGAAUCAGAAAUCUCAGUGGGAACAAGUAUACUCAGAGAGAGUAUGCCUGAGCUGGGACCUUAUGUGUUAGGGCAUUGCUCGGGACAUCAAAGGGAAUAGUCAGGAACCUGGAAUCUCUGUGGGACCAAGUGUGAAUCUGGGACCUCUGAGGAAGUAAGCAGGUCCUCUGCAGGUCUGGACACACCUGAACCUGGGGCCUCCGAAGCAGUAGGCCGGAACCAGAAACCUUUCCAGAUCCAACUUUAACCCAGGGACUUCUGCAGGAGAGAAUCCAGACCAGCAUUUACAGAUACAGGUCAAAGCAGAUAACCUAGACCAAAGUUGCCCUGAGGCAAGGAACUCCAUCUUGGGCAAAAAAUUCCACAUUAGUGGGACUGAAUGAGACACCUAGAACAGAAAGGGCCUGAGGAAACAAGCUCUACCAGUAGCAGAAGGCAGGAGCAAAUCCACUCCCGGGAGCCAACCCAGUCCCAGAACACUGGCAGAUCAGAACUGAGCCAGCAACCAGAUCCAGAAUCAACGAUCUCCACCAGAACAGGUCCAACUCCAAGCCAGGGACUUAAGCAGGAAGGUAUCCAGACCAGGAUUUACAGAAACACAUCAAAGCCUGCAACCUAGGCCAAAAUAGGCCUGAGAUAGCAAAGUCUAAGGGAGCAGAGCAAAGCACAGGAGCGCUGAUCUAUCUCCAAGAACAGGAGUAACCAACAGGGUAACUAAAACUAUGACACUGUACCAUGAGGAACAACCAUCUGAGCUUUGGAUUCACUGGCACCUAGAAGAUUGUUCAGCAGAAUUUCAGACAGC